UUCUUCUUUGGGUCCUGCUCUCCACUUGGCUGGAGGCGUCCUCCGUUGUCCUCUUUGGUGGUUAGGGAGCCUGGCCAACCCCCCUGAGCCUGCCUCCUCUUCCUCCUCCUCCUGGCUCCGGGGGCUCCUCCUCCUCCUCCGGGUCCCACCUCUCCUUGCCUUGAAGCCUAGGAGCCGGGCGCCUCAGACCCACAGAAAGAGAGAGAGAGAGAGAGGCGCAAAGCGCAAAGCCCCAACGAGCCAGGCGCCCUCCUUGCAAAGCCCUCCUUUGGCUCCGCUUCCUCCGCUGCUGCCUGGAAGGGACGGACGGACAGGAGGAGGGCCAUGUGAAGGGGAACAAAGGGAGAAUUCAGGGUUGACUUGCUCUAGGACCCCUUUAUUGGUCCUUUUGGCUGUCCAUGUCCAUGGGAUCCAUAGAACUCUCUUCCAGCACCACAUUUCAGAUUGCUUCACUUACUUUCCCCACAAGGCUACAUAACUGACAUCUGGGGUUAUGAAGUCAGUCUUAGAUGGCCUCGCAGAUACGACCUUCAGAACAAUUACAACAGAUCUUCUUUACAUGGGUUCUAACGAUAUACAGUACGAAGAUUUGAAAAGCGACAUGGCAUCCAAGUUAGGAUACUACCCACAGAAGUUCCCUCUGUCUUCUUUUCGAGGUGAUUUCCGACCAAAAAUGACUGCAGGAGAAGAUGCUGUUUUGGGCGUGCACCCAGCAGAUCAGAUAAAUCUUACAGAUUUUUACAACAAGACCUUGUCCACAUUCAAGGAGAAUGAGGAGAAUAUACAGUGUGGAGAUAACUUCAUGGAUAUGGAGUGCUUUAUGAUUCUGAACCCUAGCCAGCAGCUGGCCAUUGCAGUACUCUCCCUUACCCUAGGCACCUUCACUGUUCUGGAAAAUCUUCUGGUCUUGGUUGUCAUCUUGCAGUCCCGAAGCCUUCGCUGUAGGCCUUCCUAUCAUUUCAUCAGCAGCCUGGCAGUAGCUGACCUCCUUGGCAGUGUAAUCUUUGUCUACAGUUUUGUUGACUUCCAUGUUUUCCAUCGAAAAGACAGUCCCAAUGUUUUCUUAUUCAAAUUAGGUGGAGUUACAGCCUCAUUCACAGCCUCUGUUGGCAGCCUUUUCCUCACUGCAAUAGACAGGUACAUAUCUAUACAUAGGCCAUUAUCUUACAAAAGGAUCGUUACCCGAUCAAAGGCAGUUGUAGCAUUCUGUGUAAUGUGGACCAUUGCUAUUGUCAUAGCUGUCCUCCCUCUGCUUGGUUGGAACUGCAAAAAGCUCAAUUCUGUUUGUUCUGACAUAUUUCCACUAAUUGACGAGAACUAUCUGUUGUUCUGGAUUGGUGUCACCACUGUACUCUUGCUUUUUAUUGUUUAUGCUUAUAUGUACAUACUCUGGAAAGCUCAUAGCCAUGCUGUUAGGAUGCUUCAGCGUGGCACUCAAAAGAGCAUGAUCAUUCAUACUUCAGAAGAUGGUAAAGUGCAACAGGUUCCCAGGCCUGACCAAACACGUAUGGACAUCAGGUUAGCCAAAACCUUAGUCCUCAUUCUUGUGGUUUUGAUUAUCUGCUGGGGUCCUCUGCUUGCAAUCAUGCUCUACGAUGUCUUUGGGAAGAUGAACAAGCUUGUCAAGACUAUCUUUGCCUUCUGCAGUAUGCUGUGUCUACUGAAUUCCACAGUGAAUCCCAUUAUCUAUGCUCUCAGGAGCCAGGACCUGAGACAUGCUUUCAGGAGCAUGUUUCCACCAUGUGCAGGGACAGCACAGCCACUUGACAACAGCUUGGAGUCUGACUGCCAGCACAGACAUGCUAACAAUCCAGGUAAUGUCCACAAGGCUGCUGAAAGGUGUAUUAAAAACACAGUUAAGAUUGCCAAAGUGACCAUGUCUGUUUCCUCAGACACAACUGCAGAGGCACUGUAAAACAAAAACCUCUCGGCAUCACGAGAGCACAAAACGAGAGAAAGUAAGAGAAAUCCAUUACUACAGAAGUGUGCGUUUUUUCAUAUGUAUCUUUUUUGCCCUGUUCUUUCAAACAAUGGUGGUGUUCAGUUGUUGGAGGUUUAGUCUUGGGUAGUAGCUCUUCUUCCAGGUUUUUUUUCUUAAAAGGAUUCAACCUAUAUUUUCAAAAAUGGGUUUUCCAUUGAUCAAACAUUAAUUGAAUAGUAAUGGCUAAAUUCUGUUAUCAUAUAUAAAAGUAUCCCAUUGAUCAAGGAAGGGGGAAAAAUCUAUAAACAUACUGAAAAUUACUGCAAAUUCAAAUCAGAAACAAUAAUGUGUAAUUGUAGUUUUAUUUCUGGUGUGAAAUACAUUAAUUGUUUGUAAGUAGGUUUUCAUACCCUACCCCACCCCAAAAGCGGCAGUACUGGAUUGUAGAAGUUUUGUACCAUGUCUUGUGAGAUGUAUGAUGUUUUACUGUCCAUUAAUAAUAUUGUCUAAUCAAAGUGAUUAGGUAGACUUGUGUGGAAGUAAUGUAAAGUAUGUGAUGAUGUAAAACCCUCCUCGCACCAUGAAAGAACUUCCUGUAUUUUGAAGAAGUCCUAUGAGGUAUUUUGAAAUUUUUACAUUCUUAGUGGUUUUUAGUGAACUUCAAAGGAAAGGCUUUGUAUUUCUUCUGCUCACAUUUGAAAUCCCUAUUAAGUUUUUAAAUUCAUGUAAAUAUGGGAAUAACAGCAACAGGAGUACUUACACUAACUUUGCAAGAGAAAAAAAUAAAUUGGUUCAGAUGAGGAAAGGUCAGCUAGCUGGGGUUUUUGUUGUUGUUGUUGGAAAUGGUAUGAAUAUCAGCAAAGCCCCAAAGGGAAGGCAUUGGGGCACUGGUAACUGGAAACUGUUUUUCGAACAACACUGGAAUUCUGAAGACAACAUGUGUCCUAUUAAACACAUGAAGUUAUCACUGUGAUGUAUACUUGAAAUGUGUUGCAUUCCUGAGUCUCAAGUUUCAAUACAUUUGAAAUGUGGGAUGCCAAAUAUCAGUCUUCGGAAACAAGAGGAUAAAGUAUUAGUAUUAGACUUUUUAACGUGUGUAUAUAUAAUUAAGUGAUAUCUGUGUAUUUGUAUGUGUUGUGUGUAUAUAUACUAAAUAAGUGUGGGUUACAACAAUAUUAAGAUAAGAAAAUUGUGACAAAACAUUUUCAAUCUAUCUCUUGUUGCAUUCUUUGCACAUAAGUUCUGUUUCUAAAAGUGAGAUCUUCCAACCAAUCAGUAAUGAAAAUACAGUACGCAACAUUUAUAAACCCAUACAAAAAACACUGUCUUACAGUGAUGUAUUGAAGUCUUUUACUCCCAAGUCUCAAGUCAACUCUCAAGCCUCUACCUUCAAGUGUCAAGUUGAGUUUCAAGUCCUUGUACAGUACUUUUAAAUCAAGUCUCAAGUCUGGAAGCCAAAUAUUAACAGAAAAUUGAGGUGGAGUGUGUUUCUCAGAGGGGAACAGCAAGCACCUUAAGCAGCGGGCUUGAGAUGCGGUUGAGGUCUGUUGGCAGCCCAUACCCACAGUACAUCAGAGGAGCUUCAAAAACUUGAGAAAGAUCCUUCCACCUCAAGCUCAUUGCCUAACACAUUUGCUGUUCCCCUCCA